AUGAAAACUGCAGCACACACACACACAACAGCAGCAGCAGCAAUGUACUCGUACCCGCAGCAGCAGCAGCAGCAGCACCAGCAGCAGCUACAAGCGCAGCGACACGUCAACAGGACAGCAGAAAGAAGCAACCUGCAGUUCCAGCAGCAUCGCGAAGAACAGCAGCAGCAGCAGCAGCACCAAAAGCAGCAACAACAACAACCACCACCACCAUCACCACCACCACCACCACCAUCACCACCAGCAGCAACAGCAACAGCAGCAGCAGGAGCAGCAGCAGCAGCAGCAGCAGACCCUCUCUGGGUGUGGUCCUGA